UUAUGAAAAAAAAUGUAGUAAGAUCCAAGAAUGAAGAAUGGAAAAGAAUUCGAUCAUUGCUGACACCAACCUUCAGCAGUGGAAAACUGAAGGAUAUGUUCCACAUCAUCCAAGAGUAUGGAGAUGUGCUGGUGAAAAACCUGAGUCGGGAAGUAGAGAAGGGCAAGAGUGUUACCAUGAAAGACAUCUUUGGGGCCUACAGCAUGGAUGUGAUCACUGGUACCUUAUUUGGAGUGAAGGUGGAUUCCCUCAACAAUCCCCAGGAUCCCUUUGUGAGAAACACCAGAAGGCUUUUUGUAGUUGAUUUUUUCAAUCCAUUGGCUUUCUCUGAAGCACUCUUUCCUUUCCUUUCCAGAAUAUAUAACAACUUAAACAUCUGCAUGUUUCCAAGUGAUGCUAUAUCAUUUUUUAAGAAAUUUAUAGAAAAGACCAAAAAAGAUCGACUUGAAACUACCCAAGAGCACCGAGUGGAUUUUCUUCAGCUGAUGAUGAACUCCCAGAAUUCCAAGGACAUGGAGUCCCAUAAACCUCUUUCUGAUCUGGAGAUCCUGGCCCAAUCAAUCACAUUUAUUUUUGCUGGCUAUGAGACAACAAGCACUGCUCUUUCCUUUAUUAUGUAUUUACUGGCGAUUCACCCCAAUGUUCAGAAGAAACUUCAGAAUGAGAUUGAUGCAGUCCUGCCCAAUAAGGCACCUGCCACUUAUGAAGUCCUGGUAGAGAUGGAAUAUCUGGACAUGGUGGUGAAUGAAACUAUGAGAUUAUACCCAGUUGGUAACAGGAUUAACAGGCUCAGUAAGAAAGAUGCUGAAAUCAAUGGUGUGUUCAUUCCCAAAGGGACAGUGGUGGUCAUACCUAUCUAUGUUCUUCACCAAGACCCAAGAUACUGGCCAGAGCCUGAGAAAUUCCGUCCUGAAAGGUUCAGCAAGGAGAAUAAAGAUAGAAUCAAUCCUUAUACAUACCUGCCUUUUGGAUAUGGUCCUAGAAACUGCAUUGGUAUGAGGUUUGCUCUCAUUAACAUGAAGCUUGCAAUUGUCAAAAUCCUGCAGAACUUUUCCCUGCAUCCUUGUGAAGAAACAGAGGUGAGACAGAACAUAUUCUUUUUGGCAUGUUUUUGUGUUUUAUUCAUAGGCAUUUUCAUAAACUGGUGGAUAUAUAUUAACUUAUGUAUGAAAUGUAUAUAGAAAAUAUACAGGUUUGUCUUUAAUUGAUAUUUUCUCUGUCAUGAGAUCUAUAUAAAGCCAUGAGUGAGCUCUAGGGCCCUUGAAUUCUAAAAUAGUUAGUCUGUGUCUAAGUGUAAAUGUUAAGAUCACGUAGAGUCAUUGAAGAUAUCCUUUUUAUGUUUACAUAUAGUAUCAUUGAAUUUGAGUAUUUUUUCUUGUUAGAAGUAUAUAUGCCUUUUUAAAAUAACAGACUUUAAUAGCAUUUUUAUACUUGUAUG